UCCUUGGCAUCCUUGACCUUUAGAACAGGCGUCUUCACCUAUCUUUUUGAAAACUGCGGCGAUCAGUGUGUCUGGAAGUUCCUCAACAUGGCAAGUAUCUUCAUGAAGAUUUUCAACCUCAUCUGCAUGAUGCUUUUGAUUGGACACUGGAGUGGCUGUCUCCAGUUCCUCGUGCCCAUGUUACAGGAAUUUCCCUCCAAUUCUUGGGUCGCUAUCAACGAGCUCCAGGAUGUGUACUGGUUCGAACAAUAUUCCUGGGCGCUAUUCAAAGCCAUGUCACACAUGCUUUGUAUCGGAUAUGGACGGUUUCCUCCCCAGAGCUUGACGGACAUGUGGCUGACCCUACUAAGUAUGAUUAGUGGUGCUACCUGCUAUGCCCUCUUCUUAGGCCAUGCGACCAAUCUCAUACAAUCCUUAGAUUCCUCUCGUCGUCAGUACAGAGAAAAGUUGAAGCAAGUCGAAGAAUAUAUGGCAUAUCGUAAGUUACCACGUGAUCUUCGACAACGAAUCACAGACUACUUUGAGCAUCGAUACCAAGGGAAGUAUUUUGAUGAAGACGCCAUCCUUGGGGAACUUUCAGAAAAGUUAAGAGAGGGUAGGGUGUGGCUUGAAAUUUGUUUGCUGACCAAUGCCCGAAGAGUCGCCAGUGUUCGAGCAGAGACUUACUGUAAUCUGUUUUCAUUGUCAGUCGAACACUUCAACGCCGUUCUUGACAUCUAUCCUUUAAUGAGACGAACAAUGGAAUCAAUUGCAGCUGAAAGACUGAAUAAAAUUGGUAAAAACCCGAGCAUGGUGAGCCAAAGAGAAGACUUGCAGAGUGACUUGAACACAGUGAACGCUAUCUUAUUAUCCCAUCAAACCCCCAGUAGUGAGGACUCGGGUGACAAGAAUGAAUUGACCAUUGCCGCUGCUCUAAAGAGCACCAUCCCGCGUCCUAAGUCCGAGAGUUGUUUCCCCCGUAUAGAUUUUGGACGUUUCGAACCUUCUUCUCUUCCAAGGUCGGAAACAUUCUACCAGUCUCUUAACAACACACCUGCGGAGACCACCUUUCAAGCCUGACAGCACCUGAGUCGCCACAGGGUGAAGACAAGUAUUAAUUUUGUUUUGAUAGUGCCGAAAGUUGCCUGAAGUAUGGAAUAUUAGAGAUGCACCAAUUUGAAGUUUAUGUGACGUAGCAAAUACAAGUUUUCAAUCGUUCUUCCUUUGUGCUCUUGGAAAUUAAUUCUGGAGGAUGCAAUAGAUAAGAUGCCUACACAAGAGGAAGUUUUGAGGAAAGACACUCCUAAUGAGUGAAAAUGAAUUUCACGGUUCACAAAACACGAAAGUUUAAAAUCCAAACAACAUAACUUAUUUCCAACAUAACUUACAACGUUUCAGAUUACGUUGGAUGUAACUUACAACGUUUCAGAUUACGUUGGAUGAAAGAUAAAGUAUUCUUUACUCUAAGAGCAUCUAAUCAUUUAUAGAGGGAGUCGUGAGUUUGUGAGACAUUUUCACUUGGAUUUAAUUCCUUUCCAUCAACUCGCUACACGGGAAUAUGAGUCACUCCCUUUUGACAAAAAAUAAUAAUUAUUUUAAAACACUUUUACUUCAGUUAAGGACGAUUAUGUAACGCUCGAUAUUUCUUGCAUAAUAUAUUUGGGGGGUGGGGGUGGGGUGAGAAAAUAAAAAAAAACAUUCUGGAGCGCCGGUGGUUCAUCCUGAUUGUUGUUCUCCGAUAUCCAACGACCUCAUAACUGAUACUAAUCUUAAGAAUAGAUUUGUGUGUGAUAACUAAUCUUAUUGAAUUUCACAAAAUACUGCUCUUUGCUUCUUGACCAUAAGGGACGUCAAUCUGUGUUGAAAAGCUAUGCAGUUUUAAGCCAAAAUUUCUAAUACGAUCGACUCAACCCUGUCCUCGUGGUUGUAAAAUAGGUGCUUUAGAAGGAUGAACAACCAUAGUCAGGCUUUCGUCUUGUCCGUAGUGCUUAUACUUAGUGCUCAAUUUGCAGAUGCAAACGUUCGUAUUGGUAGUUCCUUACUGUGAUCGAUGUUAUGCUUUAUAACACUCUCAUUUCACUCCAAGGAAAGAUAUUCGUUUCACACUUCCGCAAUAGCAAGGAAAGAUAUUAGUUUGACACUUCCGCAAUAGUUGUAAACAAUGGUUGGCUUCAGGUCACACCAAUUUCCAAAAAGGCAUGUAUAGAGCUCCUGUAAAAAGUGGCUUUCCUAACUGUUAGAAAUAUACAAUACAAAUAUUUGUUUUACGCCAAGUCAAAUAUACGAGUAUAACAAUGUCAUAACCUCGAAGCAGCUUCAAGGUUGCG